UUGGACCGGUCACAGUGGGAGGACCUAUACCUCUUGUAACCCAAGGUAUCAGUGUUGCAACCUGAAAACCUGUGGAGUUAUUUUCCCAUCUCUCUGACGAUGCACCGUGUGUCUGUGUGUGUUCGAGGUGAGUGGUUCAGGGUGCCCUGCAGUGGCCCCAGGGCCUCCGUCCAGUCACUGGGGUUCGAGGCCUUGCAGCGCUACCAUCAGGCCAAGAAGCUGGAGGAUGGAGGCAGGGACAUGGAGUUCAGCAUGCGAAGGUGUUGGGGUGGAGAGCUCCUCCACCCUGAGGACAAGGCAGAGGAUGUUCUGGAGGACAACGACUUUGUGCAGUUGGUCUUUGCAGGAGAAGAUGACAGACACGACUCUUCUCCACUGGCAAAGGCAGUACCAAAUUCUUAUCAAGAGCCCAAAGAGUACAUUUCCCUGGAUGGCAACAGUCUGACCACAGCAGAUCUGGUCAACUUGGGUCGAGGUUUGUUCAAAAUAAAGUUAACCCCUGAGGCAGAGGAAAAGGUGAUGAAGGGCCGAGAGGUCAUUGAAGCUUUUAUUAGAGAGGACAAAGUUGCUUACGGAGUCAACACCGGUUUUGGAAAGUUUGCACGCACGAUUAUACCAAAAGAGCAACUGGUGCAGCUGCAGAAAAAUGUGGUUCGCUCUCAUUGUGCUGGAGUGGGUGCCCCAUUGAGUGUAGAGAGGACACGCAUGCUGCUGGUUCUGAGAAUCAAUGUCCUUGCAAAAGGCCACAGCGGCGUCUCCAUGGAGACCCUUGACGUUAUGAUCAAGGCCUUCAACGCGUCCUGUUUGUCCUGGGUACCAGAAAAGGGUACUGUGGGAGCGAGUGGAGACUUGGCCCCCCUGGCUCACCUCACGCUGGGCUUGAUGGGGGAGGGCAGGAUGUGGUCACCACAGAGCAGCUGGGCUGAUGCCAGGGCUGUGUUGGAGGGCCAUGGGCUCAAACCUCUCUCGCUGAAACCAAAGGAGGGACUCGCUCUGAUCAACGGGACUCAGCUGAUAUCGUCUCUGGGUGCGGAGGCUGUGGAGAGAGCUGUGAGCGUGGCCAGACAAGCUGACGUCAUUGGAGCCUUGACUUUGGAAGCCCUGAAAGGCACCGCAAACGCCUUCCACAGCGCUAUCCACGCAGUGAGACCUCACCCCGGUCAGGUGAAGGUGGCUGGGAGGCUUCGCUCUCUGUUAGACUCUGAUGUCUUCCCUUCUCAGAUCUCAGAGAGUCAUAGAUCAUGCAAUCGUGUUCAGGAUGCCUACACCCUGCGCUGUAUCCCACAGGUUCAUGGAGUGGUCAAUGACACCAUCGCUUUUGUCCAGAAUGUGAUUUCCACUGAGCUGAACAGUGCCACAGACAACCCACUGGUAUUUGCAGAAACUGGGGAGACAAUAUCUGGUGGGAAUUUCCAUGGAGAAUAUCCAGCCAAGGCCCUGGACUACCUGGCCAUAGGUGUGCACGAGCUGGCCAGUAUAAGUGAGAGGAGGAUUGAGAGGCUGGUGAACCCGGCCCUCAGUGAACUGCCUGCCUUCCUUGUCCAGGAUGGAGGGCUGAACUCUGGCUUCAUGAUCGCACACUGCACUGCUGCCGCCUUAGUGUCAGAGAGUAAGGCUCUGUGCCACCCAUCCUCCGUUGACUCCCUGUCCACCAGUGCAGCAACAGAGGACCAUGUGUCCAUGGGCGGCUGGGCUGCUCGCAAAGCCCUGAGAGUAGUGGAGCAUGUGGAGCAAGUGCUGGCCAUAGAGCUGCUGGCUGCCUGCCAGGCUCUGGAGUUCCUGCGUCCUCUAAAGACCACCACUCCUCUGGAGAAGGUCUACGAGCUGCUGCGCUCCGUGGUCAGUCCUUGGGACAGAGACCGCAUCAUGAGUCCUGACAUAGAAGCUGCUCACACACUCAUCAAACAGCAAAAGGUCUGGAAGACCGUUCAGCCUUACAUGGAUGAAUACAGGACGAAGCUGACGGCCUGAAUGUGUAUAGUUACAGACAUCAGAGAGGAAAGCUACAGCUUAAAGACCCCUUCCAGACAUGUUUUAAUAUCUAUACAAAUAAAGGAACAAUAAUGUGCAUGUACAUGUCCUUUCU